UAGAAGUUUUGAGCUGGCUCGCCCUUGCCAUUACAAGCAAAUCUUCCAAUCGACCCCCCUAUCGUGACGACACUCAUCGGACGGCGUGGCACCAGCUUUCAGUCCAUUUCCAUCUGUAAUCACCCCAUUACCAACCUUCACUACUCUGCGCGCCAUGCCAAUGCGCAACCCUCGCUACAUCAUUCCACGGUCUAUCUUGAUGCCGCCAUGUGGAGGCGCCUCUAUUUCUUGCUGAUCCUCGUGCGCAUCUACUUCGCCUUCUCCCCCAGCUACUUACACCCAGAUGAGAACUUCCAGGGCCCGGAGGUCAUAGCAGGCCGCGUCUUCUCAUAUCCUGUGCACCUCACCUGGGAGUUUACCUCUGAAAAUCCCAUCCGCAGCUCGUUUCCGCUAUGGCUCGCCUACGGGUCGCCAAUGUACCUGCUCCGGUGGCUCUGGGAAGGAUUUGGAUAUGAAGAGGUCGCGCCGUCGGUGGUAUACUGGGCACUGCGCGUGUUGAUGCUCACGCUGAGCAUCGUGCUCGAGGACUGGGCGGUGCAGGAACUCGUACAAUCACCUCGUCAAAGGCGCGUUGCCGUCCCGCUGGUCGCAUCAUCCUACGUGACCUGGACUCUCCAGACCCAUACCUUCUCAAACUCAUUGGAAACACUCUUGGUGGCAUGGAGUCUGGUGCUGAUAGGGAGAAUUGUGGAAGAUAAGAAGCACUCUGGAGUUUUCGCGUCCUCAAUCCUUGGAUUUGUGGCAGUCGUUGGCGUCUUCAACCGAAUUACGUUCCCAGCAUUCCUUCUAGUACCAGCCUUGCGCCUCCUCCCACAUUUCCGGAGAAAACCAUUUUCUCUCGUUUUCCUAAUUACAUUCGCCAGCAUCACCACUUUCAUUGCCAUCUGUGUAGAUACGGCCUUCUACACAUCCGGUCCUUUCAAAUUCACGUCAUUGAUGAAACACCCCAUCAUCACGCCGCUCAAUAAUGUCAAAUACAACUCAUCUACCGCCAACCUCGCCCAACAUGGCAUCCAUCCCUUCUACCAACACGUCCUGGUCAACCUCCCCCAGCUGCUCGGCCCCGCAUUCCCACUCAUCUUCUUCCCGUCCUGGAGAGCAACCAUGCGCCUCCUCUCCGCCUUUUCUGGCGUCCUCCUCCUUUCCUUAUUUCCCCACCAAGAGGCCCGUUUCUUAAUUCCCGCCAUACCACUCUUCCUCUCCUCAAUCCGCCUCCCAAAGAGCUAUACUCGCACUUGGAUAGCAUCAUGGGUCAUCUUUAACGUCGCUAUAGGCGUUCUAAUGGGCGUCUACCACCAAGGCGGCAUCGUGCCGACGCAGAAUUACCUCGCCCGCUCUAACGAGACCCUCAGCCACGUCCUAUGGUGGAAGACCUACAGUCCGCCCAUCUGGUUGCUCAACGGCAAGAACGAGAACCUCGAUACUCGAGAUUUGAUGGGGAUGCCAGGGCCUAAAAUGCUAGAGGAACUUUCGAAGGUCGCCCCAUGCGAAAGAAAGGGACUUCUGGAACGUCUGGCUGGCUCGCAGAAAAGCGUUUACCUAGUCGCGCCACGUUCCGCAUACUUUCUAAAACCGUACGCCCAACCCAAUGCUAGCACAGAGGUGAAGCUAGAGGAGGUCUGGAGCUACCGGCAGCAUCUGAAUCUCGACGAUAUGGAUUUCGGGGAUGAUGGCGUAUGGCCGACGCUGCAGAGGGUGGUGGGGGGUAGGGGGUUGGUGACCUACAAGGCGACGAAAACGUGUAGGUGAUAAAUUCGGAGGGCAAAAAAGGAGGGCUAUAGAUGGUUUGGAUACGUGCAUAAUAAUAUUAUACCCACUCUUGAGUUUCAUUGUCAAUGUCGGACUGGAUUGGUGAUUAUUUAUUUUGAGGGAAGUGAUUGGGGUCUUUCGGGAGGGGUUGUGAGGGUUUGCAGCACCAUAUGAAAGCCACUCCAGCACCCUUCAACCUAGGUAUACCGGGCCUGAUUCUUGUCAUUUGAAAAAUAUAAUCUGAACCUUCCCCGAUUCUCCCAGGUGUUAUG